UGCCAGAUGACUCGGUGCCUGCUGUCGAGCUUGGUGACUCGGUGCCUGCUGUCGAGCUUGGUGACUCGGUGCCUGCUGUCGUGCCAGAUGACUCGGUGCCCGCUGUCGUGCCAGAUGACUCGGUGCCCGCUGUCGUGCCAGAUGACUCGGUGCCCGCUGUCGUGCCAGAUGACCCGUGCCCGCUGUCGUGCCAGAUGACCCGGUGCCCGCUGUCGUGCCAGAUGACCCGGUGCCCGCUGUCGUGCCAGAUGACCCGGUGCCCGCUGUCGUGCCUGAUGACCCGGUGCCCGCUGUCGUGCCAGGUGACCCGGUGCCCGCUGUCGUGCCAGGUGACCCGGUGCCCGCUGUCGUGCCAGGUGACCCGGUGCCCGCUGUCGUGCCAGGU